AUGAUCUCUGUCGCCAACCGCUCCUCGGCGCUGCAAAGCCGCGCCGCCGGCUCGCGCGCGGUCCCGGCUUUCGCCGCCCGCCGCGCUGUCCGCGUGCAGGCAGUGCCCGAUCCUGCUCGGAGUGACCAGGCCGGGGGCGAGAACGCCACCAAGGACCUGAGUGACGUCAGUGCGCCCACCUCCCUGAAAGAUGUCGGGCCCGCCAUCCGCGAGGCCGCCCCCGUGAUGGCGCCAGCCUUCGAGGCCCCCCUCCUGCUGCCGACCUUCAGCCGCCGCCGCGAGAUCUUCGCCGGCCGCCUCGCCAUCGUUGGCUUCGCCUCCGUCGCUGCGUGGGAGAUCGCGACGCCUGGCCACCCUGGCCUGCUGAGCAUAACCUCCUCCCUCACAGGCUGGUCCCUCCCCCUCACCAAGCUGGUGUACUCUGGCCUCAUUGCCCACGGCCUCCUGGGCCUGCUAUGGCCCGGCAGCCCCACUUACUCCAGCGCCAACAAGCGUGACUACGCCAGGCGCCCCGAGGGCCCCCCGACCGCGGCGGUGAACCCGUUCACCAACCCCCAGAAGUUCUUUGGCACCAGCUCCUUCUGGGGCUACACCAAGAAGAACGAGCUCUUUGUGGGCCGUAUGUCCAUGAUUGGCUUCUUCAUGGGCCUCAUCAACGAGAUGCAGAGCGGGCUGGGCCCUAUCGGUCAGGUAUCGUGGUGGCUAGGCAACCCCACCCCCAGCGAUGAGUUCUACAGCAAGGCCAAGGUGGCUAUUCUAGGCUUUGCCGCCCUGGUUACUGUCAUUGGCUACGCCACAGGCCGUGCAGGCACUGUGGAGGGAGAGGAGGAUAUCUUCUAA